AUGGCUACCAACGAGGUGGUCUAUUCGUUUGUUAUCGGUGUAUUUCUCGUUAAUUGAUUGUUUACAUUGUUUUCUUUCACGCUUUCUGUCAAUUUAUAUACUUCGCUAGUGUCUGUGUCGUUUUGUUUUAAAAUUAGAACGUUUUAUGGUGUAACAACACGUGAAUUUGUAAGAUUAUAUGCAAUGCAUCAUCCAGUGUAGUGUUGUGAUACCUAUAUGAAUAAUUCUUAUGGUUGUGGUGUGCUGAUUGGUCAUCCUAGCUAAAUGCUGGGGUUUAGAAGCAGUAUGUGCACUCGGCAGCACUCACAGGCGUGCUUAAACACCUCUCUGUCGAUACGGCAAGAGAUUCAAAGAUUCGAGAGCGUUCAUCCGUCGAUUUACGCUCUCUACGACCUUGUGGAACUAGUACCGGACCCGCUGCUCGCACAACAAAUCCGUGAUCAUGUCGUGGCUAUAGAAGAUUCGUUCGUGAACAGCCAGGAAUGGACAUCCGCUCGCGGUGUUACCGAGCUCCGUGUUGGCGUUCUGGGCUCCCCGGACAGUGGAAAGUCAGCGUUGGUGCAUAGGUACUUAACCGGAGCCUACAUGCAGGAAGAAAGUCCCGAAGGCGGCCGUUUUAAGAAAGAGGUCAUAAUCGACGGACACAGUUACCUCCUACUAAUAAGAGAUGAAGGCGGAUCACCUGAGAUGCAAUUCACCGCAUGGGUAGACGCAGUUAUCUUCGUGUUUAGUUUAGAAAACGAAUCAAGCUAUAAUACAGUUUCAAAUUACUUCAACAAAAUGUCACAUUAUAGAAAUUCUGCCGAAAUACCAAUAAUAUUAGUAGGAACACAAGAUGCCAUAAGUGAAAGCAGUCCCCGAGUUGUGGAUGAUAAUCGCGCUCGCAAAUUGUCAAAUGAACUCAGAAGGUGUUCAUAUUAUGAGACAUGUGCAACGUAUGGAUUAAACGUUGAACGAGUGUUUCAAGAUGCAUGCCAGAAGAUUGUAGGUACGCGGUUGUCUGCUUCAUCCCAAUGUCUUUCUGGUUCGAGGCCGGUUACUCCACAACCGCUGGCGAACUCACCAAGCCAUAACCAUUCCACAUUUCUAUAUAAGGACACACUACCACGAAGUCAUCACACAUUGUCAGCAUCAUCACACCACUUACACAGAGGAGCAUCAUCCUUUGACGCAUCUUCAAAUAGCAGCGGCAUAUCCUCUACACACGUAGUUGAAAUUCACAGCACAAAUGGCUCAGAUACCUCAUCCCGGUGGGGAAAUUCUCUGGGCAGCCAUGGUUCUUCAUCUGGCCUUGUUUCCAUAGCAACAGAAAAUAACAAUGUCAAGUACACAACGCAGCACUGUCUCGAUAACCUUCAGUCUAAGGAAUCAAAAGAUCUCCCUACUCCGUCUUCUACUCCAACGACAUCAAGGAAGUCUAGAAGACGAUCCAAUCUAUUCACACCCUCAAAGAAAGGCGAUGACAGGCUGAAGAACGGUGAGCUAGGGUCGGGACGAGCAAUACCCCUCAAGCAAGGCUACUUAUACAAGAAGAGCAGCAAAGCGUUGAACAAAGAGUGGAAGAAAAAGUAUGUGACGUUAUGUGAUGAUGGAAGACUGACGUAUCAUCCGAGUUUACAUGAUUAUAUGGAAGAUGUGAAUGGAAAAGAAAUUGCCCUUCAGUAUGUGACUGUCAAGGUACCAGGGCAGAAGCCACGGGGUUCAAAAUCUAUUAUCACAACAGUCCCCGGAUACAAUGGUUACACCAACUUCGACAUCCAUGACAGCAUUGGUGGAUUAUCAUUGGGUUACAAAGAUAAGCCAACUCGGGCGACGGACAAAGCUCUUAUCUCUGCAUUUGAAGCUAUGAAGGAACCGGCUUCUAGCCGGCAGUCGUUAGCAUCAGAGAUAGAUAUCGCAAAUGGAACGGACAAAGACACUCCACAUGUGAAGAAAAGGCAUCGACGGAUGAAGAGCAGUGGUGUUAAGAAGGAUGAAGAAGAGGGUGAAAAUGCAACAUCCUGUGAAUUUACAAUAGUAAGUCUGGAUGGCAAGCGUUGGCGAUGGGAAGUCUGUGGAGGGAGUAGUCCUGGAGCAGCCGCAGCGGAAAGAGAUGCCUGGGUUGCAGCUGUGGAAGCGCAGAUACUGGCGUCGCUACAAGGACGGACGUCCCGUCAGCCCGCACCAACGGGCGCGAAUUCAACGGGCGACGUACGAGCUACGUACUACAUUAGGAGGGUGAAAGGAAACGACAAGUGUUGUGAUUGUGGAGCUACAGAUCCGGACUGGGCGAGUUUGAAUCUAGGCGUAUUAAUAUGCAUAGAGUGUUCUGGCAUACACAGGAACCUCGGCUCUCAUAUAUCAAGGGUUCGCUCUCUGGACCUAGAUGAGUGGCCUCUCGGUCACGUGAGCGUGAUGGUGUCUAUGGGCAAUACUCUAGCCAAUUCUAUUUGGGAAGCGGAUUUGAGGGGGCACAUCAAACCUAUCGCGGCCAGCAGUAGGGAGGAUAAGGAGCGGUGGAUAAGAAUGAAAUACGAGCGUCGGGCGUUCCUAUCGAGCACCGAAUCGAGCGUCGUGAGUGAUGCGUUGAAGACGGCGUCGUCACGUGGCGUGAUGUCGACGAUCGCCAGGCUGUUGGCCGCGCCGCCGCCGCGAGCCCCUUCCCCCACUGAGAGGUCGCUUGCCUUAAGAGCUGCGUCCGCUGCAGGAAAUUUAUCUGCUGCCCAGCUUCUUAUAUGGCACAAUGGCAACCCCAACUUUCCGGACGCAGAUGGCCACACAUGCCUCUUCUACGCCCGUGCUGCGGCGAAUCAUCUCUCGGGGAUACCGACUCAAUAUCCCAAAAACCUCCAAAUCAUGUGCCCCCUCCACCCCUCCCCUCCCCAAACUUCUGGAAAUACCUCAACUAGCUCCAGCUCGAGUGCGAAAAGCAAGGAAAUCGAAUGUAAUUGCAUAAUUUUCGAACUCCUGAACGCGCAAAGUUCGGCCAACGCGUUAAUAGAUAUACUACUGGGGUUACAAAAUAACCAGUUCAAUUUCGAUGUCGCUGGAGGCUUUGCGACCUUAAGCCGGCCCUCACUUGGCCCAAACCUAUCGCUUACUAACGGGAAAUGUGGCAGCAUUGUAUAAAACACGCGAAACAUACCAAUGAUGGCGGAAUAAAAUGGUAAUUAAAACAAAUUAAAGUUAGUAAUUUUUUUUUGUUAAUCUGUUGUUACGACGAUUAUAAAAAAAUUUACUAGAUUACUGACAUAAAACGCACUAUCGGAGCUCGUAAAAAUAUAUAAAUUAUUUAAUUGGAAUUAUUACACUUCAAUUAACUAAAAAAAACUGAUCAGUAAAAUUAUUUAUUUAUAAUCUGUCGCAUUGCUUCAUAGCGUAAAUAAAGACUAGACUAGACAGUGCAACCUCUCUUAAAAAAUAAAUCAGUCUAAUUACCAUUUUUUGUCUCUUUCUGUUACGCUGUGACGAAAAGAGACAAAUGAGUUGUAACGUCGAAGUAAUAUUUUUAAGUAUUACUACCAUUUUAUUCCUGUUAUUAGAUGCACAAGCUUAAUGUGAGGUUACCAAAACACGAAGUAUACACCUAUAGUGCUAUGUACAUAAGUAUUCUAAAUAGUCAUUUAAAUUUGUAUUUUGAACUAUGCUUAUUUCAAUUGUGCAAUAUAGUGAAAAUGUGUCACACUUCAUAUCUGACCCGCUGGUAGGGAAACCUAUUUUAGUAUUGACUAAGAGUACUUCUACUUAAGAUUAAGAUAUGAGUCUUAGCACUAAGACUUACGUUAAAAAUGUAUUCCAUUUAGACAUACAGAAGUCAUAGAUCGCGCUAAGUCUUACAAAACCAUGCCAUGAUCGUCGAAGCGAAAUAAAAUUGUGGGAAAACACGCCCUUACGUAAGGGAGAGUUCAAGUAUUACGUAACGUAUUUUGGAGGGGCGGGGGGGUUACCUUCUGUAAA